UUCUUUGUUUAGAGAACCCCAGAAUCUCCGCUGGGAUUAUCAUAGCAUCCAGUGCUGUACUGCGCGGGCGCUGGGUUGCAUCUGUCCACAAUUUGAACUUGAAAGGUCAGAAUGAUGGAGGAAGAUGCCAUUUUGGCUACAUUGAAAAUCCUGAUCAUAGGUGAAAGCGGCACUGGCAAGUCAAGUUUGUUGCUGCGUUUUGUGGACAAUACCUUCGAUCCCGACCAGAGCGCUACCAUCGGGGUCGACUUCAAGGUCAAAACCAUCAAUGUCGAGGGCAACAGGGUCAAACUGGCCAUCUGGGACACGGCCGGCCAGGAGCGCUUCCGCACCCUGACGCCGAGUUACUACCGCGGCGCGCAGGGCGUCAUUCUCGUCUACGACGUGGCCAACCGGGUCAGUUUCAGCAAGCUAGAUAUGUGGCUCAAUGAACUUCAGACCUACGCCAACCGUUCCAACAUCGUCAAGAUGCUGGUCGGAAACAAGAUCGACAAGGAGGAGCGGGUGGUGAGUCGACAGGAGGGGAUGGCCUUCGCCCGUCGCCAUCAAAUGCUGCACAUCGAGUCGAGCGCCAAGACGCGGGAGGGCGUGCAGCUGGCGUUCGAGGAGCUCGUCCAGAAGAUCAUCCAGACUCCCGGCUUGUGGGAGUCGGAGGAGACGCGCCGGGAGGGCCAGGUGCGCCUGGGAGACGCCGAACGCGACAACCGGGGCCUGUGCGGCGGCUACUGCUCACUGACCUGACCUGAUAUCACCUGACCUGAUCCGACCGGACCGCACGGGGGCGCCGGCCGACCGGCAGCGCCACGCCCGUGCCUGUGGUUGUGAGGUAGACAGAAGUGGUCCUGUGGACGAGAGAGCGUGAUCGGCCUGGUCAGUGACUGGGACAGAGGACGCGGCGUGACACUGUUCUGCGACGGCGCUCGAGCGCCCGCGUGACCGUGACAACCCUGGCGCCGCCCCGUGGAGACUGCUGGGUGCAGUGGAAACCAGAGGAGGCCUGACCGGGAUACGCCCGCUGCCCUCGCCUGGGGACGCGUGCCGUGCUCUAGCAGAGGUAAUGUAGCGUUUAUUUUCUGCUCAGCAUGACCAGCUGAGUGACGGACCACUCGUUAUUCAUAUGGUACGCAUGGCCUUAUAUUUUUGCGUGUGUGCGAUAACCAUGCGAUCCCUAGGUAUGCAUCUAUAUUAGAACAUUCGAUUAAGGUCCUUGGGUUCUCACUGAAGCACGUGAGUUUGGCGUUCAAGUCUGUCCCGUUUAUCACAUAGGCAUUUCCGCAACAUAACGGUUGGGCUAGCCUCGCGUACUGGUUGCAAGGUCAGCCGACCUUAGCGUUCGCCGGUCCUGAACCGGGUCACCAAAGCGGGCUGUUCUUAUCGAACCCGCCUUCCGCGCCUAUCCGAAGCCCGAAAGGACACUCUCAUUGCGGAGGUGCUCACUCAGCAGCACACGUCCACGGAGCGCGCGCCCAACGACGGAGGGAGGGGGCGCCCCGCUGCGGUGGUGGCGGUCUGUCGGCGCACCGACUGCCUACGGGCGGCUGCGGCAGCUGCAGCUGGCGGCAGCUGCCGACGGGCCUGCUGCUCCAGCCGAUCUCAGCCGCUGGACGGCGGCGUAGGCGAUCGAUGACGUGUGUACGGCCGGUGCCGGCGGUGGCAACGGCGUCAGGACGCUGCGGCAGACAUGAGCUUCUGAAUGGCGGGAUGUGUCUGAUGCCACGCAUGAAUGAGGUCGGACGGUACCAUUACUAUCCGUCGUGUCUUGCGCGACGCGUGUGUGCGGAUUUGCAUUAGCUCGUGGUGUUCAUGGAAAGGGAACGGACAUGGAGUGGGAGGAGGCCGUGAGGGCGGAUUGUAAUACAUUUCGGGCUGAGA